CGGAUUUGACAAAUGGGUCCCAUAAUGGCUUCCAAGCAGCAAGAUGUAGAAGUUAUAGAAAAUUGGGAAGAAAUUGAAGAGACUGAUGUAUUAGAGAAAAAAUUCAAUAAUCUUUUAACACCAAGUAGAACCUUAGAUAGUAGAAGUAGUAAUAAUGUAGAGAAACCUGUAAAAAUUAUACUUACUGGUGAAGAUGCCUUAAGAUCUCAGUACGUGCCUCCAGAACCAACAGUCAAGAUACUGAAACGACCAUCUAAAGAUGUACAAAAUAGUAAUGAUUCUAAAGUUUAUCAACCUAAGAAGACUCUCCAACAACGAGAACAGGAAUACGCUGAAGCAAGACUUAGGAUAUUGGGCGAAGCGAGUCCUGAGAAAACCGAAGAAAAGAUAAGCAUUCAGAAAUCGCGACCGAGCGAGGUGGAAAAUGUGAUAAGAAUGCCGAAGGGACCUGACGGUACGAACGGUUUUACGCUCCGUAGAUAGUACAUUUUAUACCUCCAUUUUGCCCAGUUACAUGCUAAAAAGGAAACCUGCCAGAUGUCUUGUUCUUAGCCCUCCUUGUCACUUGAAAGUUGCCCUGGGCUAUACAAGUUCACCGCAUUGAUCUCGACGUUCACAAAAUUCUUUUAGUUUUAGUAGAUAGUGCGGAGCUAAAUUCGACUCGAUUUUCUCCGCUUUCAAAAUCUCAAAUCAACGGAUGCGUACUUUCGAAAACGGGAUAGGUUUUCCUCAACAGGUGAAUCAAAAAGGUUUCAAAUUCGAUAUUUUUUUAUUGAGACGAAGAUGACUGAUUAAGCGUGAAUAGCCACUGAGUAAGGCUAUUCGGUUAGAUGAAAUUUGGAAUCGAUUUGAAUUCUAGUCGAAAUAAAAUUUGUAAUUUAAAAACCAUAUACUUGAUUUAAAGGAUUGAAUGAUCACUAAAUAUUUUUUUAUGAUUAAGUGAAAAGCUAUUGUUUUAUAGUAAAUUAUUUCGAUUCGUUAACGUUGAAACAUAUUUUUGUAAUAUUUUCCAUGACGUAAACAACUCAUUAAAGGAAAUAGGAAGUAACUUAGUAAAUGAAUAAAAGGAUCUAACAGUGACACCAACAUUGGUACAUAUGUACCAAAAAUUAUAAAUUAAAAAUUGGAGCACGAAAUAUUUUCAGAAUUUUUCUGUUAAAUUUGCACAGACAGAUUCGGUUCGAUUUUUCGAGAAGUUUUUGAGUACGGCAAACGUGGUGGUGCCUUAAUUCAAAAUUGUGAUAAACAUUUAAGUCGAGAAUUCUAUUUUAGAGAAUGCCGGGCCAUUUUGAAUAACUACGAUUAUUUCCACAUUUACUAAGCCGCUUGACUAUCUUUUAAGCAUAUAUAAACUAGUUAGGAAUCAUUUUAUUUGUACAUAGUAGGGUAACGCAAUUAGUACUUGUAUUCAUUCAUACUUAAUGGAGAACAAAAUAUAACACAGUUCUGUAUUUAAUUUAUGUAUUAAUUUGUAAAUCUUCAUUAUCUUGUAUUAUGGUUGUGCAAUUUUAGUAAAUAUAC